AUGUACGACGAGGACGAACCCAUAUUGGGUGGUAGUAAUAGCUACUACAAAGAAAGGAGUAUUCCCAUGAAUAAUAAUAAUAAUACCCAACCUUCAACUAAAGCAGGCGAUAAGGAAAUAGAAACAGUUGUUGAAUCCAGUGGCUCAUCCAUUAAAUCAGAGAAGCUCAAUGUUUUCCAUAAGUUAAACCAACUUUCAAAGAAGCUUGACGCUAUAGGAGUUGAAGCUCGAGGUAUUGAAAGAAUACAAUCCUAUGAAAGAUCUACGAAUCCCACCAAACAAUUUAUAUCGGUCAUUGGACUUUGGCUCUCAGGAUGUGGUGGACUUUCAUCGAUGUCUUCAUUCUAUUUAGGUCCACUUUUAUUUGGUCUUGGACUUAAGAAUUGUAUGAUCUCAGGUAUGAUUGGCCAAGCCAUUGGCUGUGCUAUUGCUGCUUAUUUGGCCCUUAUGGGUCCACGUUCUGGUUGUAGACAGAUGGUUAGUGCCAGAUUUCUUUUCGGAUGGUGGUUUGUUAGAAUUGUGGCAUUGGCAGCUAUAGUUGGUGUUAUGGGUUGGUCUGUGGUUAACUGUGUGGUUGGAGGACAAAUUUUAAUGAGUGUUUCGGAUAAUAAAAUCCCAUUAGUUGGAGGGAUUAUCAUUAUUUCUGGUAUUUCGCUUAUUUUUGCAAUGUUUGGUAUUAAACAGGUUUUAAGGUUCGAAGCAGCUUUGGCAAUCCCAGUUAAUCUUGCGUUCUUAUUACUUUACAUUUCGGCUUCUGAUAAAUUUUCAUAUUUAUCCAAUGCUAAUAGUCCAUUAGAUGAUGCAGCUACUCUUAAGGGGAAUUGGCUCUCAUUCUUUUCGCUUUGUUAUGCAAUCACUUCAACUUGGGGUUCAGUGGCUUCAGAUUAUUACAUUCUUUUCCCAGAGAAUACUCCUGAUGUUCAAGUUUAUUUCAUUACAUUUUUCGGAAUACUUCUUCCUACUUCGUUUGUUGGAGUGAUUGGCUCAUUGAUUGGUAAUGUGGCUAUGAAUUAUCAACCAUGGAAUGACGCUUAUGCUGAAGCAGGAAUGGGUGGUCUUUUAUUUAAAGCUUUUGAACGGUGGAAUGGUGGAGGAAAGUUUUUGCUUAUGGUUAUUUUUAUUUCCUUAAUCAGCAACAACAUAAUCAAUACUUAUUCUGCAUGUUUUGGAAUUCAAUUAUUUGGAGGCUUUUUAACUAAAAUCCCCAGAUGGUUUUGGUCUAUUGUUGUCACUAUUGUUUACAUGGUAUGUGCUUUAGUUGGAAGAAAUAAGUUUUCAACUAUUUUAAGUAACUUUUUACCAAUGGUUGGGUAUUGGAUUUCCAUGUAUUUCAUGAUUUUAUUAGAAGAAAACACAAUUUUCAGAACCAACAGAUUCAAGCAUCUUUUCAUUCAUGAGUUUCCUUCUGAUAAAUUUACUGAAAGACCACAAGAAAAGGAAUUGCAUUCGACUAACAUACGUUUAAACCAACAUUAUAAUUUUGAUAUUUGGAAUGAUCCAAGUAAAAUUACUAAUGGAUAUGCUGCCACACUUGCUUUCUGCUGUGGGGUUGCAGGUGCCGUUCUUUCCAUGUCACAAACAUAUUGGAUUGGACCUAUAGCUAAAGCUGUUGGAGGUGAAUUUGGUGGAGAUGUGGCCAUGUGGUUAUCUAUGGGCUUUAGUGGUGUGGUUUAUCCUUUCUUGAGAUACAUUGAAUUGAAGAAGUUUGGUCGUUAA